AUGUCGACUCCUAGUCGCAGCCCGCUAUCCAGUCGUCGUCGUCGCUCACACAGUGAGAUGACAAAUGGCGAUGAUGAUGAGCCGUCCAAUCAGUACUCGGAAGACGUGAAACGCGCUCGUCUAAAUCCUACGAAACAAGACUCUGGAACGGGCGAUAAUUCCCGAGAAAGCUCUGGAAAACCCGAGCAGCCAUUUGAACCUCUGGUGGCUCGGCCUGGAGUCGAUUCGAAAGGCUACAAACCUGGCGCAAUUAUCCGCAUCAAAGUGACGGACUUUGUGACUUAUACGAAAGCAGAGUUCUACCCUGGUCCCAAACUAAACAUGGUGAUUGGACCGAAUGGAACUGGAAAGAGUACUUUGGUCUGCGCAAUCUGUCUUGGUCUCGGGUGGGGUCCUCAGCAUCUUGGCCGCGCUAAAGAGCUUGGAGAGUUUGUCAAGCAUGGCCGUCCCGAAGCAACCAUCGAGAUCGAACUCGCCGGCGGGCCUACAAUUGCGACAAACCCUAUCAUCAAACGGAAAAUCAAACGAGACGGCAACCAUAGCUCUUUCUGGGUUAAUGGCACCCCGGUCUCUGCCAAAAAUGUUCUUAGGCUGGUUCAGUCAUUUGCCAUCCAAGUCGACAAUCUGUGCCAGUUCCUCCCUCAGGACAAAGUCGCGGAAUUUGCGGCCCUCACGCCAGAGCAGCUCCUUUACUCUACCGAGCGAGCCGCCGGUGGGAAGCGGAUGAUAGACUGGCAUGACGCUCUGAACAAGCUUCGUGAAGAGCAGAGGAAAAUUGAAAUCGAUAAUCGAGGGGACACCGAAACCUUGCGAAACAUGGAAACACGACACGAAGCGCAAAAAGAGGAUGUUGAGCGGAUGCGAGAAAGAGUUGUCAUUCAGCAAAAGAUCAACAACAUGGAGUUCUUGCGCCCCAUCGUCGAAUUUAGAGACUUUGUUCGAUUUUUCGAUGAACUCAAAACAAAAAGGAAUCGCCUUGAAGAAGAGCAGCGGUUGCUGAAAGAGGAGCUUAUGCCUAUGUUCAAAGUAGUGGAAGACAAGAAAGCCUAUGCAGACAAGAUCGAUGAGGUCAAGACUCUCCGCAGGGAGCAGGUUGCGCAGCUUUCAAAUGCAGCUGAAGAGGCGAAGAACAAGAUCACGGAACUUCAAGAUGAGAUGACAGCUAUCGAUAACCAGAUUGACAAUGAGAGAAACAGCGGGAAGCGGCAAAAGGAAGAGGCUUCGAAGAUCUCUCAAACAAUCAGGAAAUUGGAACGCCAGAUGCAGAAGAAGCCGCGACAGGAGAAGCGAAGGCUUGAGGAGCAGAUUUCCGAAAUUAGCGAGAAACGUGAUCCUCUUCAACGACAGAUUGAUAUAGUCACUCGUCGCAAAAACCUGGCGCAGAGAAACCUGGAGAACUUGAGCUCAAAGUCUGGACAGAAGGAGAAUCUUCUCCGGUCAGUGUCUCCGGACACCGCAAAAGGAUAUCAAUGGCUUCUCGACAACCAGCACCGCUUUGAGAAGGAAGUUUUCGGCCCACCGAUGGUCACUUGCUCAGUUAGCGAUCCGAAGUACGCAGACGCGAUCGAGUCGUUCAUACAGAAGGCAGAACUUACCGCGUUCACAGUGCAGAGCAAGAAUGAUUUCAGAACUCUGCAGCAAGCCCUGAUCAAAGAACUGAACCUCCAUGAUAUUAGCAUCAGAACAUGCCCUGCGGGCUCUGGCUGGAAGAGGUCACCGAUCCCAAAGGAGGACAUCGAGCGAAUGGGAUACGAUGGCUGGGCCUCAGAUUUCAUCAAAGGACCUGAGCCUGUGAUCAGUAUGCUGUAUGAGGAGUCGAAAUUGGGAAGCACUCCAAUCGCCAUCCGAGAAAUCAGUGAGGAAGCAUACGAAGAAACGACCAACGGCCCGAUUGUGCAGUUUGUCUCUGGAAGGACUGUCUAUCAGAUCAGCCGGCGUCGCGAGAUGGACCCGGAGCGACGUCUACCAGAGCGAGGGCCCGUCGACAUGUCUGCUAAACAAGAGUAUCUCAACGAGAUUGGAUCAUCAAAGGAUGAACUCGAACAUCUCUACGCAGAGCUGGGCGAAGAGACUCGCAAUUUUGAGAGGCUGCAAGAUGAAAUCAAAGCCUUGGAUCAAGAUAUGAAAAAUAUCGAAAAGGAGAAAGCCGAACGACAAACCGCGCACACCAACUUUUUGGCCAUCCCGCAGAGGUUGGAACAAGAACAGUCCAAGCUUUACCUACGUCAGGAAGGGUUCACUGAGAUUAGAGAACGAGUUCACAAUCUGCGGUAUCAGCAAGAUGAGAUUGCGAUCAAAAAAGCCGAAGCUACCGUUCGAUACGCCGAUUCCAUUGAAGGGGUGCGCGAGGCCUAUGAAGAGCUUCUCAAGGCCGAGAUCCUGCACAUGGAAGCGAUCUCAGACUGGAAAACUCUGAAAGCCCGAGAAAGCGAUUCUGCUCGGAUGCUUGAAGAGAAGUCACGGACGCUACGUGAAGCAGCUGAAGAAAUGGACAGAGCGAAGCGGCAAGGGAAAGCGUUGCGGCAUCAAUCAAAGCAAAUAGAGAGAGAGAUACGCAACCGGGAGGGGGCAGACGAAGUGCACGAGUCUUUCCUUGCCCCGGACUACGAUAUGGAUGCCUAUAACGCGGAUCUCGAUUCGGAAAAGGCGCGGUUGGCUCUCACCCACGGCGGGCAUUCUGGGAUGAUCGAGGAGUUCGAGGCGCGGGAACGGAAGAUUCAAGAACUCAAGGAGAAGCUCAGCGGGUUCAUCCAGGAGAGGGCGAAGAUUCAAGAAAGUAUCGAUGAGGUUCGCGGCCUAUGGGAGCCUCAACUGGAUGCUAUCGUUAGCAAAAUCAGUGACGCCUUUGGAGACUCCUUCCGUCGCAUCGGACUGGCUGGACAAGUCAGUCUGUUCAAGGCAGAAGACGAACCUGGGCCGAACGGCGAGCCUGGAGCCAGCAACUUUGAGCAAUGGGCCAUUCAAAUCCAAGUCAAGUUCCGUGAGCAUGAACCACUGUCUAUCUUGACUGCUCACCGUCAAUCUGGCGGAGAGCGUGCUGUCAGCACGAUCUUCUACCUCAUGGCUCUUCAAUCUCUCUCCGCCUCACCCUUUCGGGUGGUCGACGAGAUCAAUCAGGGUAUGGACCCUCGAAACGAGCGCAUGGUCCAUGGGCGCCUGGUGGACAUCGCUUGCGGGACGGAAGACGGGGCAACUGCCGCAGCGGACUCCAUUGGAGGAGGCGGAGGAAGCCAAUACUUCCUUAUCACGCCCAAACUUCUUACUGGACUGGCCUACAAGCGUGGCAUGAAGGUGCUCACCAUCUACAGUGGCGAGUAUAUGCCUGAGGACUACGGGAAACUUGAUUUCCGGGUGGCUGCCCAGAAGAUGCGAACGAUCACCGGCCGGCAGCUACGAAGACGCAAUCCCGUCGACGUUUACUGA